CCCCAUCAACUGCGGGCCAGCAAGUGCCAAUGUAGCGGCAACGUCGACAUCGUCGUCAUUCUUGCUGCCGCUGCCGCCGCUGCUGUUGUCGCUGCUGUUGCUGUAGCAUCUUCAUUUGGCCGCAGCUUUUGUAUACUUGAAAUACCGCUUCAGUACAAUUUGAGUUGCCGUCGCGUUAGCUUCUACUUAUUUGUUGUCUCGUGCCCGCUACGCGUGCUUUUACACCUUGCAUUUCGUCUUUUGUUUACCAGCAUUAAGCUUAGCAUGUGCGGUUCUGAGGUGCAAUUAUGUUUCCAUAUUGAUUAGCGUGCUCCAUGUCUAGCUCCGAUUCGCAGCCAAAUUUUGUUGGGCAACUGUUUGUGGCAAGUGAGACCCAUGUGAAAUGCCUUAUGAAAAAUUCAACAAAAAGCGCCGACAAUGGGAGGAUAGUGGAGUAUUAGAGCUAAUUAAACUAUGGAAAGUUUGCGCCUAUGAAUUGCGCACAAUCAAACGAAAUGGACACCUUUAUGUGGCUAUGGCAAAGCAACUAACGGGUCUUGGCGUACCCGUUACCGCGCUAGAAGUACACUUUAAGGUUAAUAAUCUAACACAGCGUUACAGACAGGAGCAAAAGACAUUUGAGACAACGGGCAUCAUUAGCACGUGGAAGUUCUACAGCCAAGUGGAUGAUGUUUUCAAGAGUUUGGCUGCACACACCGGUUACAAAGACAAACGCAUGACGAGCUCCUCGAAUGCCAGCAGCUUACCAUCGACAUCCGAGUCACCAGUUUGGAAAAAUCCAAUGUCUCAGCAAGAGUUCAAUAGCAACAAUACGGAGGGGUUCUACAAAACGGAGUAUGGCAUGCAUCGCCACUUUAUGGACCACUCCCAGCCGCCGCCGAAUGCGGGCAAUGUGGAUAAUUUUAUGGCCUCAUCGGCGGCGGUGGCAGCUGUGGCGGCGGCUGCCUCGGCGCGGCUCGCCGACAGCAAUAUGGAGCAGCAGAUGCAGAAUACGGCCGGCGCCAGUGGAACCGGCCCAGGUGGCAAUACCAAUGGCGGCGUGCCCAACUAUAAUAAAAUCAAAAAGUCCCAUGAAGAUUAUGACAAAUUCGUGGACAUUGUAAAAAACAUUGUGGACACACACAAGACAACGCCCGAUAAAGUGGACGCGUUUGCCGACUUUAUUAAGUCCUAUAUGCGACGUUGGCCGGAACGGCUGCAGGACGAGGCCAUCAGCCACAUGACAAACUAUGUGGUUGUUAAAAACAUGGAGCACAGCAUGGGCAGUGUGCCCGGCGUUAGUCUGCACAAUCCUGAGGGCGUGAACAAUCGGCAAUAACAAUACAAGCAGGAGCCCAACAACUAAAACCCGAUCCGCGGGAGUUGUUGGACGAUCGUCGUGGCGGUCGUAGUUUUCAGCUCCACGAAUCCAAGAACAAGGGCAACAGCCAGAAUUUACUUAAAUCAAAUGUGGCGCAGAGUUACUUAAAAAUAUUUAAAGAAAACAAAAAACAAAAAAAAAAAAAAAAACACGAAAAAAAAAAAUGAAACAGGAAUUAUAUAUCUGCAAACAGCAACUGAGAGAGAUCGGUCAGUUUUGCUUAGAUCAUAUUGUAAACGAUUUCAGCAGUAUUUUUUGUAUAGUAAAAAUAUACAAUAAAUUUUUUAGUUGUAUGCCAGAGCAUUUCGCUGUGCUUCGAAUUGAGUUCGAUGUAGUGGAAUCAAUACACACCACAUACACACACACACACACAAAUACACACGUACACAAACACUUGAUUUGUAGAGUAUAGAAAGUACAAUACGAUUAUAUGUAAUAUGUUUAGAUAUCAUUUCCUACUGUUAGCUGUAAACGA